AUGCAUUAUAAUAGUGGCAUUUUUCUUAUGUCUAUUUAUUUUACAAUAACAGUGUCGGCAGAACGAGAAUCAUUUGAAAAGAAAUGCAAACGUGAAUGUAAUGUGGAACAUGGUUCGCUGAAUUGUUGGCAAACAACUACAGAUGGAUUUACUUAUGGUUUGUCAACAGCUAUGAUUGAUUAUUGCCAAGCACUAUUGCAGUUGCGUCAAACUACCGAUGAUAAAGAAUCUUGGUAUGAUAUCUGUCGUUACAUACUCAUCCAACAAAUAGAGAAUUACGAUAUUGCUCGUAAAGUUCGUCAAUUGACUAAGAAGGAUAUAAGUGACGUUGCAACGUCACUUCUUGAUAAAUGCUUUCACGACACAACAUCCACAGCGUCUGUACAGCCAUCAUGUCCAUUGUGUUCGAAAACACAAUCUAAUUUAAUAAAACAAACUCGUACUCUAUCACUAAUUCUCAUAUCCGGUUAUGUUCUUCUCAUAGUUUUCAUUGUAUUCUUGCAUACAUUCCAUAGUUAUCAUUCACAUCGUUCAUAUCAAUCAAUCUAA